CAAAGAGGGAGCUAAUGGCUGGUCGGUAUUGAGGAGUUGGUCCCCCCGCUGCUUAUCGCAAAGACUUCAGCAGUGGAAGCUCGGGGAUAAACAGACAAUUAGCCCAGGUCAUUUCCAUGGUUUUCAGAUCUCCUUUAGAGCUCUAUCCCUCCCAUUUCUUCCUGCCCAACUUCGCUGAUCGGCCCUUGCUCGUGUCGAGCAGCGCGCCCAGCGCCCGGUCUCCCGAAGACUUGUCCAUGUUUCAGCUACCGACCCUCAACUUCUCCGCGGAGCAGGUGGCGAGCGUCUGCGAGACGCUUGAGGAGACCGGCGACAUUGAGCGACUCGGUCGCUUCCUGUGGUCGCUGCCGGUAGCGCCGGGCGCGUGCGAGGCCAUCAACAAGCACGAGUCGAUCCUGCGCGCCCGCGCCGUCGUCGCCUUUCACACGGGCAACUUCCGCGACCUCUAUCAUAUCCUGGAAAACCACAAGUUCACCAAAGACUCGCACGGCAAGCUCCAGGCCAUGUGGCUCGAAGCUCAUUAUCAGGAGGCCGAGAAGCUGCGAGGGCGUCCGCUCGGACCCGUUGACAAGUAUCGAGUGCGCAAGAAGUUUCCGCUUCCCAGAACCAUUUGGGACGGCGAACAGAAGACGCACUGUUUCAAGGAACGCACGCGCAGUCUGCUGCGAGAAUGGUACCUCCAGGACCCGUAUCCCAACCCGAGCAAGAAACGGGAACUGGCGCAGGCCACUGGACUCACUCCUACACAGGUCGGAAACUGGUUUAAAAACCGGAGGCAAAGAGACAGAGCAGCGGCAGCAAAAAACAGGCUCCAGCACCAAGCCAUAGGACAGAACGGCAUGCGCUCACUAUCUGACUGCACUCCGCAUAGCUCGGCCGAGUCGCCGUGUACCGCCGCCAGUCCCACCACCAGCGUCUCCAGCGUGACGGAGCGCGCCGACAUGGCCACGUCCAUCCUCUCCGUAACGUCCAGUGACUCCGAAUGCGACGUAUGAUACGCAAAUUUAAAAAAAAAAAAAAAGAGAGAGAGAAAUAUUUGCAGGGAAUACGGACCCGAAUAGACAUUAUGAUUUAUCGAGGAAAACAAGAAGGACCAUAAUUAUUCUGAGAAAGAGAGAAAAAAAAGAAAAAAAAAAUAUAAAAGCACGUCUUUUUUUCAAGCGCUUUCAACGGGACCCACGCCUCCCCCCACCCCACCCCUACCCCCCUAUCACUUGCAUGAAAUAUCGAUAGCUUUUUUUUUAUACGCAGGAAAUAAUCUUUCGCUCGAUGUUUUCUGCAAGGAUGACCGAGAAGAGGAAUUUUUCCAUAAUCUGGUGUUCAUCGUAUUUUUUUUUUUUUUUGUUAUUGUUUUUAAUUAAUGCACAGCGCAGCCAGGAUGCAAUCCUUCUUCUUCUUUUAGUUUCAUCAGACAAUCAUUUGAGUCGUAAGCACCUUUCUUUUCUUUCACUGCUGUCACUGCCUGUGUGGGGUACUGGUCAAAUGUGGAACUGUAUACAAAUUUUUUAUUUUUAUUUCGAGAUUUUAUAUUGAAUUAUGCCUAUAUCCUAAAUAAUGCCAUCAUUCUCCCAGUUUGUAAUAUAUGUGUAGAAAUAUGGCUGUAUAUAAUAUUGCUCUACGUCUCCGUUGUCUUUUCUAUUCCUGGUUACUUUUUUUUCUUGAAUCGGUGUUCAGAACUAUUUGUCAGGACGUAAUUAUUAAGCGCUCUAGACGUUUUGUUUUCCUGUUUUUUUAAAUACACAGAGUCGAGAUUUUAUGCAAAAAAAAAGAAGAGGAGUAACAACGAGGAUGUGAAAUAUAAUCGACUGUUCAAAAGGAAAAUUGUCAUGUUGAAACUCGAGCGCUUAAUUCUUCGAUGUUACUUUUAUUGCGUGUUUAUGCUAAUGUAUACAUUUCUAAGCUAAAAUACAGUAUUUCAUUUUAUAA